AUGAUUCCUGAGGCCAGGCAGAAUAUCAAGGUAGCUUUGCUCUUUUCACAUGAAUAAACCCAUGGUUGAAACCCGAAAUCUUGCACACCAAAAUAUCAUUUCAUAAAUUGAAAGUGUAUUUAUUCUUUUAUGUGUUUGCAGCUUCAAAACAUUGGCAUUAAUGCGGCGAACAUUGGGUUUUCGACUCUCACAAUGGAGUCUGAUAAGUUCAUCUGUGUUCGAGAGAAAAUUGGCGACACAGCACAAGUGGUUAUCAUUGAUAUGGACAAUGCAAACAAUCCAAUCAGACGUCCAAUCUCUGCUGAUUCUGCAAUCAUGAAUCCAAAAUCUAAAGUGAUUGCUCUGAAAGGUAAUUUAUUGUCAAUCUUCUGAUUCAAUAUUUAAAAGUUUAACGCUAAGUAAAUCCUGGCAAAUUGCUAUUAUAAUGCAGCCCUUCAGGUAUCCGUUUGAAGUCCUGGCUAAUAAUAAUUUGGGUGUGGCCAAUACUGUUUUGCUCUACUGAGGCUUUGGCUAAAAAAUUGAUGAGCGAAGCGAGUAUGCAAAGAAUGGAAGGUUGAAGCUUCAAGGGCGCUGUGAGUUGAGUGGUGGGCAAAGGCUUGCAAGCUUUGUCAAUUUGGUAUAUUGUCCGAGUGCAAGACUGGGCUAAAAGUAUCAGCUUGUCAUGACUGCAAGUACCAACGAAUUACACACAGCCUCUGGUGAAUGGAGCCCCGUCAAAUGACUUCUUAGCGCUGGCGAAAUUCACCGUUCACUGGCCUAAAACAAGAUAGAUGUAAUUACAGUCAAAUCCAGUGUUCCAUUGCGGACAACAUUGCAAUAUUAUCACGCAAUAUUGAUUGGCUGAUUGCUCUAGCAAAUUGCAACUGACACGAAAAAAUUGCAAUUUUUACAUAUAGUAACAGUAUUAAACCAUCAACUGCAAAAUUCAAAAUUUCAUAAUAUAAUAUGCAAUUUGUCCGUGCCGGUUGCAAUUUGCUAGAGCAAUCAGCUGAUCAAUAUUGCAACAUUGUGUGACAAUAUUGCUGGCAAUGGAACACCGGAUUUGACUGUAACAGGUCCACUACUUUUCAAAAAUCAGUUUUGUUCAAAUUUGUAUGAUCACUAUGAUGCCAUUUAAACAAAUUUUUCCCCUCAUUGAUCAGUGACAGACCAUCCAUUAUUUUGAGCCUUUAUAAUCCAAGUUAUGUUGUUUUACAGCUGGCCGUACAUUGCAAAUUUUCAACAUUGAAAUGAAAAGUAAGAUGAAAGCUCAUAACAUGACAGAAGACGUCACAUUCUGGAAAUGGAUCAGUGUCAAUACUGUUGCUUUGGUAACUGAUGCAGCUGUUUUUCAUUGGUCAAUGGAAGGUUUGUUCAUUGUUAAUGACGGCCAGAUCAUAUGUUCAAUAGACUAAACUAGCAAGAAUUUUCAGUUGCAGUUGGUGCUUGCACUUUCUAAAAUUGAAAUUUUCUUCAAAUUUUGUAAAUUGAUUUUUCUCUAAUACCGAAGCUUGCAAACUGUUUUCCAGGUGAUUCGCAGCCACAGAAAGUGUUUGAUCGUCAUGCAAGUCUGACAGGUUGUCAAAUCAUCAACUAUCGUACGGAUCGCGACCAGAAAUGGCUGUUGCUUAUUGGCAUUCAAGCGCAAGUUAGUACAGAUUUGAAAAACAAUGUGGAAGCAUUGGAAAACGAAAUUUGGAAAACAAUGCACAAAAUAUUGCAUGGUUUCGUCACAGAAUAGAAAAUAGACCAGAAGCCUCACUGAACACCUUUCCCUAACAUUUUCGUGUUCGAGAUUUUUGCCUUGCGGAUGUAUCUACUAGUGAUCAUUACUAGUGCUCCAAGACAUGGAAACAGAUUUUAAAAAAUGCCGAGACGUGCUGACCUAGGUCAGAUUUAGGUUGGCAUUUAUUGCCAACCUCAAUUUUGACGGUUUUCAAGGGCUGUAUCUUCAAACGUCCAAAAUCUGUAGUAUUUACUUUAUCAUCAACGUUUCAUAAAUGUAUGCAUGAUUUGUAGUUGUGUGCAUGAUUUGUAGUUGUGUGCAGUGCCAAUGUACCCAAGAAAUACCUAGCUUUAAUACCACGAAAUACCUAGCUUUAGACACAAAGACAUUUUGCGAUUACCAAACAAGAACCUAUAUUUGACAAUAAAAUAGGAAAGUAGCUUAAUGGAUUAAUUUACUCACAAACUUUCCUUCUAUGCCAGCAAAAUCGAGUGGUCGGUGCAAUGCAGUUGUAUUCUGUGGAACGAAAAGUGAGCCAGCCUAUCGAAGGCCAUGCUGCGGCAUUCACACAGUUCAAGAUUGAAGGCAACCCUCAGGAAUCAACGUUGUUCUCGUUUGCAGUGCGUGGCCCACAGGGAGGAAAGGUCAGGGUGGUAGAUGUUAUACAUGGCAGCGGAUGGUGAUCAACAUCGGAAAUGUUGAAACUUAUAGGAGAAUGAAAAUGGACCUAUUCCCUAAUGAACAAAAUUUUGAUCUAAACAAGUCUAGACAAGUCUAGACAAACAUUUCACCACAGCUUGAAAGAACAUCACAAAAUUAGUAAUAUUCCGAAGUUUCGUUGCAAAAUGUUGUAAAAGGCAGAUAAUAUAGCCCAGUGAAGUUUGCCGUUUGUCAGUCAUUUUGUCUUACGCACAGGAAAUUGAUACCGCUUUCUGAAAAAAGGUAUCAGUUUACCAUGCGUAAUACAAAAUGACUGAAAAAUGGCAAAUUUUGCAAGGCUAUAUUAUCCGCAUUUUACAACAUUUUGCAACGAAACUUCGGAAUAUUACUAAUUUUGUGAUGCUCUUUCAAGCUGUGAUAAAAUUUUUGUCUAGACUUGUCUAGAUCAAAAUGUUGUUCAUUAGGGAAUAGGUCCAUUAAUCUUCAUCUCUCAAUUCUUUUAUUUGCCACUAAGACUACUACAAAUAAUGAAAAAAAUUAACAUUCUCACACACUGCUGGGAGCUGCUGCAUUCAUUAAAGGGUCAUGGUCAACCACAAUGCGUGCGUUUGUUUACGUUACUGUUACGUUGUGGGCCAGAGGCAGCCAUUUUUGUGGCCUCAAAAAUGGCGGCAACUAUUGAGGAAAGUAACUGAAAAACAUAAACAAAAGCGCACAUUGCAUUGUGGUUGGUCAUGACCAUUUGAAGAAUGAACAUUAUUUUCUCACUCUGAUAACUGCAGGUUGGCCACCAUCUGUUGCACGAUAAUGCUUAGGGGCCGUUCACAAAGGAUGUCCGAGCCGAGGGGGGUUUGGAAAAUCAGGACAAACUCGAACAUAGGGGGGGAGUGGUUUUUUUAGCAAUCCGGAUGUACGAAAUUUUAAAAAAUUCAAAAACAAAUAUCUUUUUCCUCUAUUUUGAACUCUCCUUCCCAUUGUGAAAUUGGCAUUUUGAACACUUCAUAAUAUAUUCUAAUUCUUUCCUUCAAUACAUUUAUAAUUAUAAAAAAGUUCGAAAAGUAAAAGUUUUUUUACUCUUGGCAUAUACAAGGUUGUGUGUGUUUUUGCGAGGCAUGGCGGAUGUCUGGGGGGAGUCACUAAUUCGGACAAUGCCAGACAGGGGGGGUGUCUGAAAAUCCAUCAUUUGGCCGGACAUCCUUUGUGAAUGGCCCCUUAGUGAAACCUAAUAGUUGAAGACUUUUUGUAGAUUUGUUCUAUCAAGCGAGAUGCCAAAAAAUGUCGAUAUUUCUCCAUACUUUGGUGAAACCUGCGUAUGCUAUGCAAGGGUGAAAGCAAUGUUUGAUACACAAAGAAUUAAAAAUUCUGUGACAAAGAUGAUAAAAUGUAUUUUGUAGUUACAUGUGAUUGAAGUUGGCACGCCAGCAUCAGGAAACCAGCCAUUCCAAAAGAAAGCUGUCGAGGUGUUCUUUCCACCUGAAGCUCAAAAUGACUUCCCUGUUGCCAUGCAGGUACAGUGCAGCCCAAUCUGUUGUCAUUAAUCCACAGAUAUUUUUUCUCUGAUCCACCCAUCCACCUCCAUUCUCCAUUCCACUCCUCCUUUCACCACCACUAUCACUCUUUAAAGGCAUCCACCCUGCUGCUCCACCUCCCUGACUUAUAUUGAUGAGCUUACCACACCCAACUCUCUACUCUCUAUUGCUUCCCCAUUACAUACCAUAUAAACCCCCAACCCCCCAAUUUUUGCUCUCUAAUUAUCCCCCUUACUCAACUCCCAAAGUUGUUCUCUCCUACCAAACUGACCACAUCCACAUUAUUUUCUCCAAACACCACCUCUCCCCCAUUGUUUCACACACACCCCUCCCUGCUUUGAUCUUUCUACCUCCCACCUUGCAAAAUGUAUUAUAUCUAACUCUUAUAUCAAAGUUGUCUUCUCCCACUUCAUAUCACCUGCACUAUGUUCUCUAUAAAUACUUCCCUGUAUAAUGUACAAUUCAUAUCCCCAAUUCAUUCUCCAUCUCUCCCACUCCAGUGCAACCCUCUCACCAUACCCAAGUGAUUCCCUUAACUUAACACUCCCCUAAAUUUGACCUCUAAUGACACCCCCAACCCUUCUACCGCCCUCUCUAAUGAACUGACCACACCCUUUCCAGGUGAGUCAAAAACAUGGCAUAGUGUUCCUAAUCACCAAAUAUGGUUAUGUCCAUCUGUACGACGUCGAGGGUGGCACGUGUAUUUACAUGAACCGUAUCAGUGGUGAUACGAUCUUUGUCACAGCAUCACAUGACACAAGCAAUGGUAUCAUUGGUGUCAACAGAAAAGGACAGGUUUGUACUGGUAUAGUUUGUUACGUACUUCAUGUUAACCUAAGGCCUAAAGGAAAAUACAUGUGGUUCCAGUUUCAUAUCAUGAAAAAAAAUUAGGGUAGGUCGGUCGGAAAUAAAUUUUUUUUGAAUUUUUUUUCAUGGUUUUGGCGGGGGUUUUUUGGGCGAUUUUCAGUAGAGUCCCGACAUCAAUAUCAACUAGAGAUGCGUAUUCUUGGACGAAUUUAGGCAAUUUUGGGGCACGCUCAUAUGAGCAGCCCGCAACCACCCAGAGAAAAUAGGCUGGCAUGGUCAAUUGUGUUGAAAAAAUAAUAUAGGGUCGGCAGAAAAAACACGGUCGUUUGGGAAACCGGAACCACAGGUAUUUGUUUUAGACCUAAUGUUGUAUUUAUACACAUGGAACUAUUAUGCAAGUUUGACUGAGUACGAGCUUCGCAGACGGUUUGUUUUGAUGGACGAUGCCUCUACUUCACGGACGCGAACGUUGUAAAUGACUUGUGAAGUGUCUUUAUAAGAACAUUCAUAUUCUUCAACAGUUUAAAAUGAAUGAAUGAAUGAUAUGUGGUGAGAAAAUGGAUAAUUCCAGCUGUAGACUUAAUUUUGAUCUAGGCAAGAAAAACGAAAUCCAUCACCAUAGAUAGAAAGAGCGUCGAAAAAUUAGUAAAAUUGCAAAGUUUGGCCGCGAAAUGUUGUACAAUACGGACAAUAUAGCCCUGCGAAAUUUGCAAAUUUUGUAUUAAUUUGUAUUACGCACGGGAAAAUGCACCACUUUCGGCCCAAAUGUGGCGCAUUUUCCCGUGCGUAAUACAAAAUAAUACAAAAUUUGCAAAUUUCGCAGGACUAUAUCUUCCGCAUUUUACAACAUUUCGCAACUAAACUUUGCAAUUUUACUAAUUUUAACAUGCUCUUUCUAGCUGUGGUGAUGGAUUUUGUUCUUCUUGCCUAGAUCAAAAUUUAGUCUAUAGCUGGGAUUAUCCAUUGAACUGAAAGUAAAUUUGUAUCAGAUAUACAAACUCCUUCAGGCUCGUGUUUCUUUUGUGUUUUCUUCAUGAAUUAUUCACGAGUUUCACAAAAUUAUUUCUAACUUUGCCAGCAGUCUGCCUCGAUUAAAAUUAUGUCUUAACCUCAGGUGUUAUCAGUCAGCGUUGAUGAAGAAAAUAUUGUAGCAUACAUCACGAACGUGCUUCAAAAUCCUGACCUCGCCUUGCGAGUGGCUGUGCGGAACAACUUGGGAGGCGCUGAAGAAUUGUUUGUGAGAAAGUUUAACAACAUGUUCAACAACAUGCAGUACGGCGAGGCUGCGAAGGUCGCUGCUAAUGCACCCAAGGUUUGAGUCUUACUUUUAGAUGUUUACUAGAAUUUAUUUAGGAUAGAGGCUUCCUAAUGCAUUAGACACAUAGUUAUCUUAUAUACACUAGAUAGUGCAUCUAAUUAUUCUGCGAUUCAAAAAUUGAAGCCGUGAUUGCAGUCUCAGGUCGUUCCCAUGAAAUGAGAAGAUUCGUAUGUUUUCUAUUUCUUAAACAGGGAACUUAAACAUUAAGUUAACCCUAUUCCAAAUACGUUUUUAAACUAUUCAAAUGAUGAAAAUUAUUGUUGUUUUUAAACGUUUAUUAGCAAGUGGGAACGACCAAUAUGGCCGCCAUCUAUUCAAAUGGGGGUAACCGCUGGAAUAUUCUUGGCUUCAAUUUUAAUAAAAGAGAUGCGCUAUCUAGUGUAUAUAAGAUAUCUAUGAUUAGACAUCACGAUAUUUCGAACAAAAGGAAGCUUCGUAGUUCGUUCGUAUAGACUCUCAACACGAAAGGAGAGCGUGCAUUGAUGGCUAAUAAAUUUGAAUAUCUGCGUAUUAAAUCAUGAUAUAAAAUUGUCAUUGGUCAGUAUUUUAAGUCUCCUGUUUCUAGAAUAUAAGACGUUAGGAAUGUUCGGUAUACUGAUAUACCGAAAAUAUCGCUAUUGAAACCAAUAUCGGUUUAUCGGUAUGAGUUUUUCAGUCAUACCAAAAAACCGAAAUUUCCGAUAUAUCGGAAUUUUUCGGUAUACCGUGUCAAAUUUACACAGCAUGCAUAUGGCGAAAUAAUCAAUUUUUGUUUUACUCAAAUGCAAAGUAUAAGAAGUAGACAUUUCGUGUUAAAGACAAUGUCAACAGCUUCUAAAUUACAGUAUAUACCAUAAACGGUGUUUCUACUUUUGAAAUUAUUCCAAAUCAAAUUUCCUUCAAAUUUCUACUAAGGCAUUUUCCUAUCUAACUUAAAAGGCGAAAAACCGGUAUACCGAUAAUAUCGGUAUAAUUUUUCCGGUAUACCGAUACCAGAAAAUUUUCAUACCGAACAUUCCUAGUCGACAUGCGAAGGGAGACGUAUCCAAGUUUUUACAUCUAAUAUAUUUCUGAAAAAUUAACGAAAGAACGCCUUCAUCAGUGGACGACUUACGCUUUAGAAAAAUUUUUAAUCUGGGAAUAACAAAGGAUAUUUUCUGAAAGAAGUUAUCAAAAUUAGAAAAACUGCAAAGUUUGGUUGCGAAAUGUUGUAAAAUACGGAAAAUAUAGCCCUGCGAAGUUGGCAAAUUUGUAUACAUUUCUAUUACGUGCGGAAAUUGGUAACUAAUUUAGUUACCAAUUCACGCACGUAAUACAAAAGUAUACAAAUUUGCCAACUUUGAAGGCCUAUAUUUUCCGUAUUUUACAACAUUUCGCAACCAAACUUUGUAAUAUUACUAAUUCCAAGACGCUCUUUCCAGCUGUGGUGAUAGAUUUCGUUAUUCUUACUUAGAGUAAAAUUUAGUCUAAAGCGCAAGUCGUCCAUUGAUCAAUAUAAGUUUUAGUCAAAUCUUCUGUUGUGCAAAUCCAUGUUUUAUUCUCUCACCAGGGAAUUCUGAGGACUCCACAAACCAUCCAACGUUUCCAACAAGUUCCAUCUCAACCCGGCCAGACCUCUCCUUUGCUUCAAUAUUUUGGCAUCUUACUGGAUCAAGGCCAGUUGAACAAAUACGAAUCUCUAGAGCUUUGUAAACCUGUCUUGCAACAAGGACGUAAACAACUGCUGGAAAAGUGGCUCAAAGAAGAGAAGGUAGAGUAUGUCUUAAAUGUGGUGGUCCAGUGUAGGUAGUAUUUUAUGGUUUGUGUCUGAACUACGUGAAAAAGAUAUCUCAAACGUGGUGGUCCAGUGUAGGUAGUAUUUUAUGGUUUGUGUCUGAACUACGUGAAAAAGAUAUCUCAAACGUGGUGGUCCAGUGCAGGUAGUAUUCUACAAUAAACUGUCGUGAUUUGUGUCUGAACUACGUGAAUAAGAUAUUUCAAACGUGGUGGUCCAGUGUAGGUAGUAUUCUGCAAUAAGCUGUCGUGGUUUGUGUCUGAACUACCUGAAAAAGAUACAUCAAACAUGGUGGUCCAGUGUAGGUAGUAUUCUACAAUAAGCUGUCGUGUUUUGUGUCUGAACUACGUGAAAAAGAUAUCUCAAACGUGGUGGUCCAGUGUAGAUAGUAUUCUACAAUAAGCUGUCGUGGUUUGUGUCUGAACUACGUGAAAAAGAUAUCUCAAACGUGGUGGUCCAGUGUAGGUAGUAUUCUGCAAUAAGCUGUCGUGUUUUGUGUCUGAACUACCUGAAAAAGAUAUCUCAAACGUGAUGGUCCAGUGUAGGUAAUAUUCUACAAUAAGCUGUCGUCGUUUGUAUCUGAACUACCUAUAAAAGAUCUCUCAAACAUGGUGGUCCUGCAGUGUAGGUAAUAUUCUACAAUAAGCUGUUGAGGUUUGUGUCUGAACUACCUGUAAAAGAUAUCUCAAACGUGGUAGUCCAGCGUAUGUAGUAUUCUACAAUAAGCUGUCGUGGUUUAUGUCUCAACUACCUGAAAAGGAAAUCUCAAACGUGGAGUCCAGUGUAGGUAGUACUACAGUAAGCUCACGUAGUUUGUAUCUGAACUGUCUUGUAGUUUACUUCAACAGGAAGUUUUUGUCAAUGAUGAAACAAACUUAACACCAUCUUUCGUUUGAUGCCUGAAACAUGGCAUGAAAACAGACGUACAUCUGAGACAAAAUAUGUUUUCGUGACAUCGAGCUUCAGUCUUAAAAGAGCGACGUUGCAUAGCAAGCUUUGUUUUGUUUUUUAGCUUGAAUGCAGUGAAGAACUUGGCGAUUUGGUAAAGCAAGUUGAUCCAACAUUAGCGUUGUCUGUUUAUCUGAGAGCAAAUGUCCCUAACAAGGUAAGUUUACAAAGGUUAUUUAUAUACUGGAUAGCUCCCUAGAGGUCUAGUACUGUAAGAGCUAUUCCUUAUUUGUUCUGUAUAACAACAGGAUGAAACCGGUCACACACUGAGGUGAAAUUAUAAUCAGACAACUGCAUUGAACCACAGAGGCAACAGUGCAUACUAACCACUGUGACAGAUCAACCCAACGUUUUAGUUGUAAAGGAAAGCAGCCAACCUGACUAUACUAUUGUUUUUCCAGGUGAUUCAAUGUUUUGCUGAAACAGGACAAUUUCAGAAGAUCAUUUUGUACGCAAAGAAAGUUGGUUUCACUCCCGACUACAUCUUCCUGCUACGAAGUGUAAUGAGAGUGAACCCUGAGCAAGGUGGUCAGUUUGCAACCAUGUUGGUUCAAGAGGAAGGCGAACCUUUGGCAGAUCUCAGUCAGGUAAAAUACGAGCAUAUUUUAGUCGAACGAUCUGUGCCAAGUGAGGUAGUACCAAAACCACCAGAAAAUUGUGAUGGAUUUCAACUGCCUGAAAAAUACAAGGAGAACUUCGACGUUUCGAGCGAAUGCCCUUCGUUGGGUGUUUUUCUCUCUCUGUAAUUGUGUUUUUUAGCAUUGGUCCUUGGAUGAGUACUCAAAUACCGUGUUUGCUCAUUAGAAACAUAACUACGUUCAAGCAUAGAUAUCUUAUAUAUACACUAUUAUAGAUAGUGCAUCUAAUUAUUCUGCAAUUCAAAAAUUGAAGCCGUGAUUGCAGACUCAGGAUAUUCCCAUGAAAUGAGAAGACUCGUAUGUUUUCUAUUUCUUAAACAGGGAACUUAAACAUUAAGUUAAACCUAUUCCAAAUACAUUUUCAAACUAUUCAAAUGAUGAAAGUUAUUGUUGUUUUUAAACGUUUAUUAGCGAGUGGGAAACUCCAACAUGGCCGCCAUCUGUUCAAAUGGGGGUAACCGCUGGAAUAUUCUUGGCUUCAAUUUUACUUUGCAGUCAUGUAUUCCCAUGUUACGUGAUGAUAAGAAAUCACGUGAAACAACUAACAUACAACUACGUGUGACAUUUCAGGUCGUGGAUGUGUUUAUGGAGACCAAUCAGGUUCAACCUUGUACGUCAUUCCUUCUUGAUGCUCUGAAGAACAACCGUCCCAAUGAAGCCCAUCUGCAAACACGUUUGUUAGAAAUGAAUCUUCUUACAGCACCACAGGUUUGUGUUGUGUUGCGUUGCGUUGCGUUGUGUUGUGUUGUGUUGUGUUGUGUUGUGUUACUAAUUGUCUGUACUAAUGGACAACUUGCAUGUUAGACUAAAUUUUAAUCUAAGUAAAGAGAAGGGAAUAAAACACAACAGUUAAAAAGAAAAUAAUGAAAUUAGUGACAUUGCAAAAUUUGGUUCCGAAUUGUUGUAAAAUACAGAAAAUACAGCCUUGCGAAGUUUGCAUAUUUUCAGUAUAUUUGUAUUACGUGCGGAAAUUGUUACCAUUUUCGACUCAAAAAUGGUAACAAUUUCCGCACGUAAUAUAAAAUAUGCAAACGUCUGAAAAUAUGCAAACUUCGCAAGGCUAUAUUUUCUGUAUUUUACAACAUUUCGUAACCAAAUUUUGCAGUUUUACUGAUUUUAAUAUUAAGUUCUUUACGGGAAUUUACCUUAUUUUUCCUAUAUCAAAAAUUAGUCUAGCAUGCAAGUUGUCUGUUGUCUCUACGCCUCAAAUUUUGUCGAUGAUGAAACAAACUAAACACCAUCUUUCGUUUGACGCCAACAUUGGCAUGAAAACUAACAUACAAUAUCUGAGACGAAAUGUUUUACGUAUGUUUGUAGAUGCGGCUUAUAUAGUGCAUUUAACAUUUCAUUUCCUUGACUACAGGUAGCUGACGCCAUCCUUGGCAACCAAAUGUUCACUCAUUAUGAUAAAGCUCAUAUUGCGCAACUCUGUGAGAAUGCUGGACUGUUACAACGGGUAAUCACAAUACUUAUAUUAUGUACACAAACUGUUAUGGUAGUAUGCGUCUCUUAUUGCCAGGGAUAUUUCGUAUAACAAUGUAUUUAAUUCAAACAUAAUACAAGGGCUAUUCUGACACGAGAAAAAAUGGUGCCUUAUUUUCGUUUUAGGCUCUGGAGCAUUACACGGAUAUUUUUGACAUCAAGAGAGCGAUUGUUCACACACAUCUGCUGAAUCCUGAGGUACUACAGUACAUUCAUUUCCAGUUCCUAUAUUUUUAUUAAACUGUUUGAAAACUCUUCAACUGGUCGUCUCCAGUAUAAUUCGAGCUACUGACGAGUUAAAUCCCUAAAAACCAUAAUGCAUAUUGUCAUUUGAUGAUAGCAUAUCAUUUUCAAUCCUAGUGGUUGGUCAACUACUUCGGAACAUUAUCAAUCGAGGACUCUAUGGAGUGUUUGAAAGCCAUGUUGACGAACAACAUUCGACAAAAUCUUCAAAUUUGUGUCCAAGUCGCCACGAAAUAUCACGAACAGCUUGGAACAGCGCAACUUAUUGAGGUCUUUGAGUCGUUCAAGAGCUUUGAAGGUAGGUGACACUUGCCGAAACUAAAAGAUGAGACUAAUUUUAUACUAGACAGCUCUACCUGUAAGAAAGUGUAAGUAAAUGGGAGUGUUCUAAGGAUGGCUCUGGCAACACCGCGGAAAAACGUCUGCGCAUGCACCAAAUUAUGAAAAUAUGGCGGGGAAUUUGAAUAUCAAUUUCUAAAACAAAAACAUGCUUAUUAAUUGGUCAAAAAUUAGUAAAACAAACGAGAAAAUAUAGCAAAUGGGUAGAUUAGACAUUAAUUGAAAGCGUCCUGACAUUUAAAGUAUGGAAUGAAAUAUAAUUCAUGCAAAAAAUGGUUGAUUUUAACGGACACGACUUCGAAAAUUUUUGCAAAAUUAUUCAAAACAAAAAUUCAAACUAAAAAGUUAAGCUUCUUAACCCACUCAAAUUGUAGAAUAAAUCCUAAAGUUUAAUUAUUGUGAACACGAAAAUUUUUUAUAUUUGGCGACACAGUUUUUUUUAAAGAAAUGUAUCUCAAACGAAAAUUCGGAAAUUGUCGUUGCUUAGUUGAUAAACAAAAUGUUUCAGACGAUAAAUUUGUCAACAAUCACCUUUAGUUCAUGUUCUUGUACAAUACAAUUUCUUGAACCUUCUGGCUGUAUUUAUUCCUAGUUUUUGGAAUGACAUGUUUAUUUUUGCGCUCGAAAUCUGGCUGUAAAGACGCACAAUGAAGUCACUCCUUUUUACCGCCAUUUUGAGCCUUCGGAAACGUUCGGAACAGCUUCUCAUCAAGUUCGCAAUACUAUUACAGGUAAGGUUGACGCAUGCGCAGACGUUUUUCCGCGGUGUUGGCUCUGGCAGCCACCUUAUGACUCCUGUCUGACCAGGGGAGCACAGCUACGGCGGAAGGGUCAGUUAUAGCAGGGGUGGAUUUAUAGGGAGGUGCACAGGGGUGCGCACCCCUGUUGGCCUUGGUACAUAGGGGUGCAAGGGGGGUGCAAAAAAAUCAAAUUCAGAAAUAUGGCAUAAUUUCCAAGGUUUUCCUUUUUUGAAGUGAAACUGAAGCUCACAAAAUUUUCGAAAUUUGGUAUGGCAAAUUGAGAGAAAGUGACGGAAAACCAUUUAUACAGUACUAGUCCGGAAAUUUUAUUUUUGGGGAGUUGCUGUCCGGAAAAUUUUUUUUAAUAGGGGCCUUGACCAGCAUCCCCCCCUAGAAAAACUUUGCUGGAUCCACCCCUGAGUUAUAGGUGCCUAAUCCCAACCCAAUCUCUGUGGGAGGAAACCUGAGUACCCAGAGAAAACCCACGACUUUCAGUAGAGCGUUGACGAACUUUUUUCUGACAUGAAUGUUUUGAGUCCGCAAGGAGAACCGAACCCAGGGUCUCAGAGGAGAAAGGCGCGCGUUCUGACGAUUGCGAUGCUCGCGAUACUGGAAGUUACCUUGACAAUAUUUUUAUUUAGGAUUAUUCUACUUCCUUGGAUCAAUUGUGAAUUUCAGUCAAGAUGCAGAGGUCCACUUCAAGUACAUUCAGGUUGGCUUAAUUUUAUCUUUGUGUACGAUUGGAUUGAUUAUACAGAGGUAGUGCAUGUUGUUGAUUGCAGGCUACUUUGACAUACAGAUUAGGGACGGACCAUUAUUUUUUUGGAGGGGGGGGAUGAAAAAUUCUUUAAAAAAAUUGUUUACAAAGACAAAAAAGUGCAAAUAAAUUGUUUGCACACAUAGAAAAGAGGAAAAAAUAGUUUGCAAGCUAAUGAGAUUAUGCAACAUCAACCAAGGUUAAUGACAAUGAACAGAGUGCUCACCAACAUACCCAAGGUCUUCACUCCAAAGCCCUGGGAUGGGACACGUUGGCACAUGUUGCAAUCUACAUAUGGGUUAAAUAUUAAUCUAUUUAAUACAGUCAUUUCUUGGGAGGGGGGGUUGUAUUUUUUGGUAUUUUUUGUAUAAAAUAGGUAAUUGGACAAGUACUGGUGUAAGACAUUGUGUAGCGUAAAUAAUGAGAGGACCAGUAUCGGCCUUUUUUAACAUACAAGCGGUGGGGGGAUGUCUGCCUUAUGCCCCCCUCACGAAAUCACAUUUUCCUUUUCAUUUCCCUUUUUCCUAAAUUUACACAAACAAACCAGCGAAAAAUUACAAAUUGAUAAACAAAAAGUAAGUUUUAGGCUUUAUCCUUUCUCCUUGUUUAACAAAAUCGAUUUAAAUUGUUACGUUUUUCUACCUGGCACUAAGUAAUGAUGAUAAAUUAUUGUUAAUAAUUUUUUAUUUUUUGUGCAUUUUUUCCUUCUUUUAUUUCAAAUACAAGUAUACUUAGCAUAAAUUUUAGAGCAAAUUUAAAUGCUCAGAAUACAGGAAAUGGCAUUUCAGGGCUUCAAAUUUCAAAAAAUUUCGGGGAAAAUAUGCCCCCAGACCACGUUGCCGUCAGCCAUUCCUAUCCUCCUCUAAUAUAUUAUCUCACAGAAAGGUCCCCCCCCCCUCACACGGGAAAAUCUUUAAAAAAGGCCCGGACCAGUAUACCAAAAAAACUAUUAAAUGUCUGUUUACAUAUUAAAUUUAUACUUCUGACAACACCACAUGUUGUUCGAUCACCAGCGCCGUAGCAACCGGGGGCGGGGCGGCUGCAGCCCCCACAACAAUUUGCUAAUAAUUAUUCAUUUUUCAAAAUCAUGCAGACCUUUAUCAUUUAAUUCAUGACAAACUGCAAAGAAUGAAGAUAUUACCCAUACUUUCCUGCAACUUAUCCAAUAUAAAGUUUAGUACUACAGAAUUGUAAAUUUCGCUGUUUUCUGACCAUCAGAAUUCUGUCAAAUCUUCCCCAAAGUCCAGGAAAUGGCAUUUCAGAGACUCUAAAUUUAAAAAUUUCCUCGGGUCUUCGGUCCCCGCUUUCAGCCCCCCCCCCCCAAUCGAAAAGAGCUUCCUACGGCCCUGAUCACACAUGCAAUAGUGUAAUCGGGCACAAAUUAAACUAUAUAUAUAUCAAUUUAUAAUGAAAUUCACAGCAAUCAGGUGGACAAAAAAAUUGUUUGCAGAAGGAAGCAGGCGCAAAAAAAUUGUUUGCAACGACAAUAGCACCAAAAAAAAUUGUUUGCAUUAACGAAAUGUCCAUCCUCCAAAAAAAUAAUGGUCCGUCCCUUAUACCUCGAGUGUUAACAAUGUCUGAAAUUAUCUUUUCAGGCCGCGUGUAAGACUGGACAGAUCAAGGAGGUUGAGCGAAUCUGUCGCGAAAGCAACGUUUAUGAUCCAGAGAGAGUGAAGAACUUCCUCAAGGAAGCAAAGUUGACAGAUCAACUGCCAUUGAUCAUUGUUUGUGACCGCUUUGAUUUCGUCCACGAUCUAGUCUUGUACCUGUACAGAAAUAAUCUGCAGAAAUAUAUUGAAAUUUAUAUCCAGAAGGUGAGUUUUAAUAUCUUCAAUUUUGCAUUAAGGCGAGCUAACUUUGUACUGGAUAGCCUAUCAGCUCCAAACUGUUUUCCUAUUGAUCCAGUGUUACUACAGUAGGAAACCUAAACUAAACCACAGUGUGACUAAACUAACUUUAUUUAUACUGGGUAGCUCUAUCACUGGAUAGCUCUAUUACUGUUCUCCUAGAGGUCCAGUUAGGGUUACUUCUAAUUGAUUCAGUGUUACUACAGGAGGAAAGCAGAGUACUCGGAGAAAACUUGCGUUGUUUCGCACAGUUAAACUGGAAGCACUCUUCUCACAUGUGACUGAGGUGAAAUUAUAAUGAGACAACUGUAUAUUACAGGAGUGGAACCCUGGUGAAAGAGGUGAAAGGCUCAUGCACUAAAGGCUCAUGCACUAACCAGGCCUUGAUUUAUCGGUUGGUCACGGACAUUGUCCGAUCCAUUCGUCAAAUUGUCCGACGUAGAGAGGAAACCACCGGACAUUUUGUCCGAUCUAAGUGAAAAUGAGGUUUAUUCUUUGUCCGACCCGAGUGUAUUGGUGUCCGACCGAACUGUAGCUUUGUCCGACCCUUUCUCCACGCACGUAAAUCAAAAUGUACCCAUUUUAUAAAUGGAGAACCAGAGUAUUGUAUAAAAAUGAACCGGAAAUGUUGUUUUUAAGUCGUACUGCUAUUAUUGGCAAGCAAGCUAAUCUUGGCUUGGAAAUAAAUAUGAAUGACAAUAAUCAUUUAAUAUCUUCACAACAGUUACUUCAGAAUUAAUAUAUUGUGCUGAUAUUAAUUUGUGUCAUUCAGACUUAUUUCCCAGCCAAACUGAACUGAAGGUCAUCGGACACCAUCAUACAUUCUGUAUAUCCCACUCAAAGUCAUCGGACAUUUUGUCAGACAGCCCUAUAAAAUAUAUUUUCAGUCCUGGCACUAACCCUUGUGGAUAUACUUUCAGGUGAAUCCAUCUCGAGUUCCUGUUGUGGUCGGAGGUCUCUUGGACGUUGAUUGUUCUGAAGAUAUUAUCAAGAAUCUUAUCCUGGUCGUACGAGGUCAAUUCUCGACUGAUGAACUUGUUGAAGAAGUGGAGAAACGAAACCGCUUGAAACUGCUGUUACCGCUGCUUGAAGCUCGUGUGCAUGAAGGCUCAGAAGAACCUGCUACCCACAAUGCACUGGCAAAGAUUUACAUCGAUUCAAAUAACAACCCUGAACGAUUCCUUAGGUGAGUACAGCGAUUUCAGUGUUGCUACAGAAGGGAACCAAACUAACUUCAUGUCUUCAUUUAUACUGGAUAGCUCUAUCAGUUCUAAACUGUUCUUCCUAAAGGUCCAGUAAGGAUCAUCUCUUAUUGAUCCAGUGUUACUGCUGGAGGAAACCUAAACUAAACUAACUUUAUUUAUACUGGAUAACUCUAUCAGUUCUAAACUGUUCUUCCUAGAGGUCCAGUAAGGAUCAUCUCUUAUUGAUCCAGUGUUACUGCUGGAGGAAACCUAAACUAAACUAACUUUAUUUAUACUGGAUAGCUAUAUCAGUUCUAAACUGUUCUCCCUAGAGGUCCAGUAAGGAUCAUCUCUUAUUUAUCCAGUGUUACUGCUGGAGGAAACCGGAUGACCCAGAGAAAAGUUGCGAUGUUUAAGAUGAGUAAGGACAGUCAUAAUCUUUAAACGUACCUCUAGCUAACGUGGUUCUCUUCUUGUAGAGAAAACCCAUUCUACGACAGCAAGGUCGUUGGCAAGUACUGCGAGAAACGUGACCCGCAUCUCGCGUGUGUCGCGUAUGAACGUGGACAGUGUGAUAUGGAAUUAAUUAACGUAAGUCACUGAUCUCAGGGUCUUCUUUUUUGAAUUUUUUGAAACAUUAACAGUUUCACGAAGCAUUAUCGUGCAGCAGAUGAUGGUCAACCUGCAGUUAUCAGAGGGAGAAAAUAAUGUUCAUUCUUUUCAUUCUAUGUGGUAGUGUUGUAUUUGGUGGCAAAUAAAUAGAAUUGAGAAAUGUAGUUUAAUUUUCUUGCUCCAAAUUCCAAAAACCAUGACCAGUAUCUGCUGCUCUGUAACACUUACUACCCACCAUUAGACGGCUUAAACAUGCAUUAUGAAUAUAACCUCGACUCUACUCCAUACGUUGCAGGUUUGCAAUGAGAAUUCUUUAUUCAAAAGCGAAGCCAGAUAUCUCGUACGCCGUCGUGACCCAGAUCUUUGGGCCAAUGUUCUCUUGGAGGACAACCCAUUCCGAAGACAGCUUAUUGAUCAAGUCGUGCAGACCGCGUUGUCUGAAACUCAAGAUCCUGAGGACGUGUCGUGUACUGUGAAGGCGUUUAUGACUGCAGACUUGCCAAAUGAAUUGAUCGAACUUCUCGAGAAAAUUGUUCUGGAGAACUCCGUCUUCAGUGAACACAGGUAUAGUAUAGGGCGACUGAUAAAUAUCUUUACAUACAGAGAGCUGAAUUACAAAAGAACACUGCUCAAAUAUGUUCGAAUCAAAAGCUUAGUAAG